UCCCAUGACGCCUUUCGGUAAAUGCCGCGAGACUGUUCCAAAUGUCGUGAUGAACAGAGGCUUUAAAGAGGCGUGAACGCCGGCUCAAUCCAGACGUGGGGGAGAACAGUUCGAGUCGGGAUCCAGAGAUGGCUGAGCCGAUCAGAGUUCUGGUGACCGGUGCUGCCGGACAGAUCGCCUACUCCCUGCUGUUCAGCAUCGCCAAAGGAGAUGUUUUUGGCAAAGAUCAGCCAAUCGUCCUGCUGCUUCUGGACAUUACUCCCAUGCUGCCGGUCCUGGAGGGGGUCGUCAUGGAGCUGCAGGACUGUGCCCUCCCACUUCUGAGAGAGAUCGUCGCGACUGAUAAAGAGGAGGUGGCCUUCAAGGACCUGGAUGCGGCCAUCCUGGUGGGCUCCAUGCCCAGGAGGGAGGGCAUGGAGAGGAAGGACCUGCUGAAGGCCAACGUGGCCAUCUUCAGGAGCCAGGGAGCGGCUCUGGACAAGCACGCCAAGAAGACGGUGAAGGUCCUGGUGGUGGGAAACCCCGCCAACACCAACUGCCUGAUCGCAGCCAAGUCUGCCCCCUCCAUCCCCAAAGAGAACUUCUCCUGCCUGACCCGUCUGGACCACAACCGGGCCUGCUCCCAGGUGGCCAUGCGCUGCGGAGUUCCCGCCACGCACGUGAAGAACGUCAUCAUCUGGGGGAACCACUCGUCCACUCAGUACCCCGACGUCCACCACUGCAAGGUCAGCGUGUCGGGCGGCGAGCUGGCCUGCUUCGACGCCGUCAAGGACGACAGCUGGCUGAAAGGAGACUUCAUCGCUACGGUGCAGCAGAGGGGCGCCGCCGUCAUCAAAGCCAGGAAACUGUCCAGCGCCAUGUCUGCCGCCAAGGCCAUCUGCGACCACAUGAGGGACCUGUGGUCAGGAACGGCGGAGGGCGAGUUCAUCUCCAUGGGUGUCUACUCCACUGGAAACCCCUACGGGGUCCCAGAAGACCUCAUCUACUCAUUCCCUGUCCAGAUCAAGGAUAAAUCCUGGAAAAUCGUGGACAGUCUGGCCAUCAACGACUUCUCCAAGUCAAAGAUGGACGCCACAGCGGCGGAGCUGAUGGAGGAGCGGGACACGGCGGUGGCGUUCCUGGCUGCGUGACAGAACCCAGCAGGACCAGAACCCAGAACUCCAGACGCACGCCUGUGACGUCCGCGGGCCGACGGAUCCGUAUUUGUGUUUGAUCAGAGACGUGUCGGUAGAAAACCUAAAGAUGUCUUCACUGGGGAUGACCCGUGCACGUCUUCACGCACGAGCAGCCUGACGUCCACCUGUUACGGCUCCUCCUGCUGGGGGGUCAAUGGAUAACUGUUACAUGGAGUCAACGACGCACUGAGUCCUUCACUGAGAUGAAAAACCUCUACAAUAAAAAUGUCAAACGGUU